AUGCUCGAGAUCCACUUCACACAGAACCAGAGCUCCUCUCGCCUCCUCUCGCCUCCUCUCGCCUCCUCUGGGCCCCUCUCGCCUCCUCUGGGCCCCUCUCGCCUCCUCUGGGCCCCUCUGGGCUCCUCUCGCCUCCUCUGGGCUCCUCUGGGCUCCUCUCGCCUCCUCUCGCCUCCUCUCGCCUCCUCUCGCCUCCUCUGGGCUCCUCUGGGCUCCUCUCGCCUCCUCUAG